GUAAGUGGGACAGCUUUUUUUAUGAAGCUGUUAUAUUGUGCCGUAAAUUAGCAUAUGCUUCUCGGUCCACCCUCUUGGCAAUGAUGUCGCACGGCGAUACCGCCCGGAAAGACCCUAUACAUUGUAUACAUGGAAAUCCUUGCUCCGCGGGAAGAUCUGGCCCGCGGGAGAUAACUUCCCGUGUGAUUACCUUCAACGUCACACCUAGAUAGCCAAUAACGUUCCUAGCUGAGCGUGUCAUUUGUGUUGCACUUAGAGAAGAAGCCCCUCCGUGCCUCUUCUACUCAAUCACUUCCUUGUGAUGGAUUGAGAACGACUACUCCAACUGAAACAAAUACCAACUAGGAUCAUGCGCAAUUUGCUCGACAGACGGCCUGGCGGUCCUGGUUCGGGAAAUGCUGGGAAGGUGCUUACUAUACGAGUGUAUUUCCUAGCUAUCGUCACCUCAAUGGGGGCGUUCCUAUUUGGAUAUGACAUGGCAUUUAUCGGCACAUCGAUUGAGUUGCACUCCUUUAAGAAGGACUUCGGGUUGGAGCACGCUUCCAAGUCUGCCGAGGAUGCCUUUGCAGCCAAUAUUGUAUCGCUCCUACAAGCGGGCUGCUUCUUCGGAUCUCUCAUCUCCGCCCCGCUGAGUGACCGGUUUGGACGUAAGCUUGCUCUCGCGCUGGCGGGCCUGACCUUCUGCGUCGGAACAGCUAUGCAGGUUGCAUCUUUGAGAAGGGAGGCUGUGAUGUUUGUGGGAAGAUUCGUUUGUGGUCUCGCUGUCGGCGCCGCAAGUAUGCUUGUUCCCUUGUACACAGCCGAGUGUUCACCACCUCAAAUUCGGGGGCGUCUUGUCGGUAUAUUCGAGAUUGGCGUCCAGGUGGGAAUGUGCAUCGGGUUCUGGAUUAACUACGCUGUCGAUCAAACUAUGGCACCGUCGACCUCCCAAUGGCUGACGCCAUUCGCUAUUCAAUUUGUUCCCGGAGGUCUUCUGACUAUUGGUCUGCUUUUCCUUCCCGAAUCCCCGAGAUGGAUUGCAAGGGUUCGGGGACAGAGUCUCGCCAGGCAAUCCCUUUCGUACCUGCGGGGGCUCCCCGAAACUCAUCCCUCUGUGGAGUCGGAACUCAAUGAUAUCAUUGCCCAGCUGGAGGACGAGAGGGCGAAUAACCCCGGAAAGGGACUCUGGGUCGAGAUUAAAGAGCUAACGCACCCGGGUAUCAGAGACAGGCUCUUUCUGGGUUUCAUGAUUAUGGUUUUCUUUCAAAUGGCUGGCUCCAACGCGAUCAACCAUUACUCUCCUCGAAUAUUCCGAUCAAUCGGUCUGACUGGUAGUAAGACUGCCCUGAUUUCGACGGGACUCUAUGGAGUAGUCCGAUUGGUCGCUGUUUGUAUCGCCAUGUAUUGGAUUGUCGACCGCUUUGGGCGGACGCGCAUGUUGAUUUACGGGACUGCUCUGAUGGCAUUUUGCAUGUGGUUUAUUGGGGCCUUCGUUAAGCUUCACGCUACCACCCACCACGCCGACGCUGACGGGCACAUCAGUGCCGGGUCAUAUGCUACCGCCGUGUUUAUUUUUGUUUACGCUGUCGGCUUCUGUUUUAGCUGGGCUGGCGUACCAUGGAUCAUUUGCUCCGAAAUCUACCCGUUGCGCGUGCGGAGUCGUUGUGUGGCCAUCUGUGCGGCUACCCACUGGCUUCUGAACUUCGUCAUUGCCCGCAGUGUCCCUUAUAUGAUUCGAAAUAUCAAAUACGGAACAUAUUUCUUCUUUGCCAGUUGCCUGACCCUUGCGAUCCCGUUUGUAGGGUUAAUGGUGCCGGAAACGAAGGGAUUGAAACUCGAAGAGGUGGACAAUGUCUUUCAGCAUCGAACCUUUUGGGGAAGACAGAAACCUGAGUUACCUCACAGGACUCAUGCUAUUCCUUGUUCUGUGGAUGCUGAAAAGGCUGAGACUGGGAAAGUUGAAGAUGUCAAGGGGGCCGGAGUCAAGGAGGUUGAGAGGACGGAUACUCUAGAGAAGUAUUGGCUUAACACCCUGCCAGACUGAGCCUCGUUCUUGACCACCUUCUGUUCUCAUUCGCAGUUUUGGGGGAUUGCCAUGUGGGCUUGGAUGUCUCUUGAGUAUGUCUUGACGAUGAGUGUGGUAUGUUAGGCGCGUAGUUUUACACUGGCCACGACCCGGGAAUAUGAC